AUGCUCAUUAUACCAAUAUUUGAGAAAUGGAAACAAAAUGCUAUCACUGUAGCUGGUGGAAAUGGACAAGGACAAAAGUUAAAUCAACUCAGUCGCCCAGACGGAAUCUUUUUUGAUAAAAAUAAAAAUAUUUUCAUUGCUGAUUCUUUAAAUCAUCGUAUUGUUGCAUGGAAAUAUAAUGCAAAACAAGGACAAAUUAUUGCAGGUGGAAAUGGUCAAGGAAAUAGAAUGGAUCAAUUUAAUCUUCCAGUAGAUUUGAUUGUUGAUCAACAAACUUACUCGAUCAUCAUUGCUGAUUUCUAUAACAAACGAGUGAUUCAAUGGCUGAAUCAAAAGCAACAUAUUCUCAUUGACAAUAUUGGAUGUAAUGGCUUGGCAAUGGAUAAACAUGGAUUUCUUUAUGUUUCUGAUACUGAGAAGAAUGAAGUGAGACGAUGGAAAAUGGGUGUAUACAAUGACGGAAUUGUGGUGGCAGGUGGAAAUGGAAAAGGAAAUCAACUCAAUCAACUCAAUUGGCCUACUUAUAUCUUUGUUGAUGACGAUCAAUCUGUUUAUGUAUCAGAUCAAAACAACCAUCGUGUGAUGAAAUGGAGCAAAAAUGCUAAAGAAGGAACAAUUGUAGCUGGAGGAAAUGGGAAAGGAGCAAACCUCAAUCAAUCGUAUCUUCCUCAAGGAGUAAUUGUUGAUCUUUUGGGUCAAAUCUAUGUGGCUGAUCAAUCGAAUCAUCGAGUAAUGCGUUGGCGUGAAGGAAAAGAAGAAGGUGAAAUUGUUGUUGGUGGAAAUGAUGGAGGAAGUGAAUCAAAUCAGUUGAAUGAUCCCACAGGUUUAUCUUUUGAUGAUGAAAGAAAUCUUUAUAUUGCUGAUUGGCGAAAUCAUCGAAUUCAAAAGUAUGAAAUAAUAUUGUGA